ACAAGAAUGUGGAGGAGCUGAAGAAGGAGGUUGUGGAGAGCUUCUUGGAUGGGUACGACCAUUUUAGGGACCAAGCCAAGGAAAAAUUCCCUAACCUUAACUUUGAGUCCUUUGAGCCUUCCCUUUCUAAAGACAAGGUCGGGGAGGAUAAGGAAGUAGUUAAGGAAGGGGUGGAGCAACUGAUCAAAGCAAUUAAGGAGAUGAUUGAACAGUACAGGACUGAGGAGGCAACUAGCUGA